AUGGCAAGACUGCGUAGUGCGCCGAUCGCACAUCGUUCAGUCGGUACAGAGGCGCAGCAUGAGCGGCCUGCGUUGAGGGAGAAGACGAAUAUCGAGUGCGCGAAAGCGCCAGUCUACGACAAUGACGGAAACACGGAGGGCUUAGUGAAGAAUAGUAAAGUGCGCAGAGGCCGAUCGCGCGGGUUAGGUCAGCGGGACACAGCGUCGGCCGGCGAGACAGCUCUCAUGACCACAGACGAGAUGGCCAAGAGCGAUCCACCUCCGCUUCCUAAUGCAGUCGCAAACAAAAGGCCGCCGCGCAUGACGCGCAAGCCACUGCGGAGUGAAGCCCAGAGUACAGUCCUGGAAAGCCUCAAGCGCCGGAUGGAGGAGACGGCGCGAAAGGAAGCCGGCAAGAAGGAUCGAUUGCCCGCGAAGCGCAUUCUCAACCCUUCAGUGUCGGCACUGGCCAUUGCCGCGCGAACGCCUGCGGUGCCUGAGCAGACUUCAGCGUCAGCCCUCGAGCGCUCUGGAUAUGACUUAUCUCCUUCUCCGCCACCUUCUGGCAAGCUUUCCUCAACCACCAAACGCUCAUCGUCCGUGGCGCCGACAUCUUUGCUACGACCACAGAGUACGCCGGCAAUGGACACGUGUGUACUGAGAAAGUUCAAGCGGAGACCUAGGCAACCCAGCAUGUUGACUAUGGUGCAGCAGCGGACAGCAGAUGCGCGACCUUCUGUUGCGAAUGCUAGAGCCGACUAUGAUGCAAGCGUAUACGACUUGGAAGACAGCAAUCCGGAUGAAGAUGACUUUGCACCAGAGGCAGAAGGCACGCCUCAGCACCUCCGCCAGGCUAAGCGCAGAUUGGGAGAGAGUGCAUCCUCCAGGUCAGCGUUAAAUCAACGUUCAACGAACGCUCAGCCACCGUCCAAGAAGCGAAAGUCGGCAGAUGUGUCUGAAGAGCCGACUGCGUUACCCCCUUCUCAGGCUAAGCGGAAGAACUCAAGCGUUCCAGACCAUGCCCUAGAGCGUGAAAUAUCGCCUGACGGUGAACUCGAUGCUGGCGAGAUGAGACGGCCUCCAAGCGUCACGUGUUCACAUAGUCCUCGGGCAGCUCGGGCAACGUCCGAAGACGUGCUGGUGAUAAGUUCAUCGCAGUCCACGCAUCCACUUCAUGGGUCUGCACUGGUCAAUAAUGACACCGUCCUCCCAGACGGGGAUUACAUCGUGCCUUCUACGGCGCAGCAGGGUACCAAUCCUGCAGAAUCACCCAGCAAGGACCUGCCAACCGAUGUGCUACAAGAUACAGGCAACGAGACGGCGAUGGACCCUACUAGCAGCAGUCCCGCGCCCUUGGAAGUAGCGCCUGCACCGCACGAUAGUGAGGAAUUUGCGGAUCCCGUAACCCAGCUCUCGCCACAGCCGGUCAAGCAGAAAUCGAAAGCAGAUAAGCCGAAGCCAAUACCUACUGCUACGUUGCAGUCUCUGCUGCCUAAACGAAGACAGCCGCCAAGAGCCAGACACCGACAAUCCGAGUAUGACUUUGGCUCUGAUUCGGGUAACGAGGAUGCGGCGGAGCUCGAACGUCGUAACGACGCUGCUACGCCUCGUGCGAAGUCAGGGCGGCGCAAUGUUGCCGGUGUCACAGCCGAAAGCCGGGAAAGCAACCCUUGCAUCAAAGCAAAAGAACGUCGUGGUAAAGCAUCGCAGCGACCGCGCAAGUCUGCAACUACUCAGUCAGCACACAGAUCGGCCAAAACGUACGGUAAGGCUGUUCGCCUGGCUUCAAACAAAGAGAAUGACGGCAAAGACUUCGAAGAUGUUGAUGGAGAAGAGGCUACUGAUUUGCCGGAAGUCUCCAUGCAUGAUGUCGUGCAGAGUAUCGAGCUGGAAGAAGCCAAGCGAAAGUUUGCAGAGGUUGACAUAUGGGACAUGGAAUUUGAGAGCUUGGGCGUUGAUGAGCACCGCAGCUCUAGUCAGCAAUGGCGGUAAGUUGUGUCGGAGACGCAGUAUGCUCUUCACAUGCGCAGUUUGCGUCCGAUCGAACUGUAUGCGCAGCAUGAUGUCGGGGUACGACAUUGAUUGACCAUCUGUACGAUCUAAACUUCCACCUACGUACAUCUUCAAUCACCUAGCCACUCUCCGUCGAGCAUAUCAAAAGUGACUCUCCCAAUAAUUGAUUGGGAAGCCCAAAGCCUGACAUUGAUCUUGUCCAUCGUAGAUGCCAAACGGCGCC